CUUGGGGCUGAGUCGUCUAACGGAGUUUAACCCAAGCUGAGAGCGAGAAAAGUUCUGGUGCUAGUUACAGAAAGCACCAUUUCAGACAACGAAAAUACUGCCUGCCUCGAAAAUUGUUGCCACAGUCACAGUGAAAAACAAAAACAAAUAAAAAUUUCGCACAGGUCCCAAGCAAGUGAUCCGAAAAAUAAAAAUACAACCUGCGCUGGGUUGUGUUGUGGUGUGAGAGAAUAAUCGUAUGGCAUAAAAGCAUCACGCAAGUGUUGCCUAGAUUAAAAAUAAGUAAUAAAUCCGACAGAAAUUGCAAUCAAUAAGUAAAAAAAAUCCCCCCUCAAUUGUUAAACCAUUUGGCCAGUCCAGUGUUCUUGAGACAUGCAAAAGUGGCCAACAGAGUGCUAAAAACCCCCAACAACGGAACCGUAACUUGCGAAACGAAACAGUUUUUUCCAAGUGUUUGCUGCCGCUGCGCUGACUUCGUCGCUGCUGCGCUGCUCAACAAAAGAACUUUGGAACUUGAACGAUUUAAACGAAUGGUUUGAAUGAAUUUGUGGAAAACUUUGAAGCAGAAAAGAUUCAGCAGUCGCAAACUUUAUGAGCCACGGGAUCCUACAAGGAAUAAUGCUCAGGCUUUUGCUGGUCCAUGUAAUAACGAUAUGUGUGCUACUAAGGAAUGUUGAGUCUGGUGUGCCAAUUGGAACCGGCGGCCCAUCGAUUAUAUUGGAGGGCAAAGAUGCUUUGCUAACCUGUGUGGUGUCUGAGAACUCCAUCAACAAUACGGUGAUAUGGAGAAAGGGUGACGAGAUUCUGACCGCCGGGACAGUGCGGGUAACCAAGGACCACCGUGUGCGCAUCCUACACGAUGAAAAUCCAAAGGGCAAGAAUCUGGAGACUGGCGGGGAGGUCUGGGUGCUUCUGAUCAAGAAUCUCAAGGCCAGCGACUCGGGGGCCUACAAAUGUGAGCUCAACUCGGAUCCUGUCCUCAGCAGCAUCCACAUACUGACAGUCAAGGAGCUGCAGUCGUCGACAGGAGGGCCCACCAAUGCCACGGAUAUAUCCACGGUCGAGUCGAGUGACGUGUUCCUGCUGCCCCCGCCGCUCGACGCGCAGGACAAUCGCAGCUUCUGGCGGCCCAGCCAGGUGCCCCCGCUGGUAACCCACGACUUCACAGAAUGCUGCGAGCGCGGAAAUGUCUCAGCUCAGUGCAUGGGCUUCUGCAACGUUCACAACAUCCUGGACGGGACGACGGGCAUCGAUCCGGAGGCCUGCGAGAAGGACUUCCCCAGCAUUGUGCGGUGCAUGGCCGACGGACGCAAUCACGUGCCCUGCUGCGUGGACAAGCAAAUACCAGACCUGUGCCAGGACAUGUGUCGGGGCGAGUACACGCCAUUCACGGACAGGCUGAAGACGCGCGUCUCCUGCGUCCAGCACACGCUCAGCGGUCUGCAGUGCAUCCUAAAGGGUGUCCAGCUCAUUCCGAGCAUGCCCAUCUUUGUCACCAUCGAAAACGUGAGCGAGACGACCGUGAGCAUCGGCUGGACGGCGCCGGAGAAGCUCACUGACCGUGUCUCCAGCUACACGGUAAAUGUGACUACCCUGCACAGCUUCGACGAGGACGAGUUGAGUGGAGAGAUCGUCCACAGGACUGCCGCGGAUUCGGCGGAGUCUGUUGCCCUGCACAACGUGCCCGCCAAUCAGACGCAGCUGAAGCUGGACGGCCUGACCCCGCUCACCAUGUACGCCGUGAUCGUGACGGCCGUCAACGAGUUCGGGUCCAGUUUGCCGAGCGAACGGCUGCGCUUCUUCACCCACACGAGUGCUUCGGCCACGGAGUCACGGGCCGGCACCACCGACAAGCAGGUGAUGCCCACUCUGCCGGACAUCCGGCAGUGCUGCGAGGACAAUGGGAUGACGCACCGCAUGUGCCUGGACAAGAUGUGCGAUCCGCAGAAGACCGAUCUGGCCACGCUGCCCGACUUCAUGGUCUGUGCUCCGUGGUCCAACAUCACCUUCACCUGUUUGGCCAACAACAUUGAUCAUACGCCCUGCUGUCGCUCCCGAGGUAUUCCUUCCGCCUGUUUCCCACUGUGUGCUGGCAAGCUGACGUCGCUGGAUUUUAGCUUGUUUAAAUGCCUGCGCUUCAUGUCCGAGUACAGCAGCUGCCUGUUCCAGGGCUAUGGCGUGCUGGCCGAUCCCCCAUCCAAGCUGCGAACGGUGGCCAAGACGGACAGCUUUGUGAUUCUGGACUGGAAUAAGCCGAAACGUCUGGCCGAUACGGUCAGCACAUAUCAUGUCAAGUUCCGGCGCCUCGGUGUGGGCGAUGACUAUCUGACGGUGGAAAAGCGCCAGCCACCACUGAUUCUUGAGGGCCUGGAGUCGGACAUCUACUACGAGUUCUAUGUGGUCUCGAUAAAUGCGUACGGCAAGAGCGAGCCGUCGCCGCGCCUGAUUACCCGCACCCAGUCUGCCGAGCCGGUCCAGGCACCGACGUCCAGAUAUAACAUGACAACGUGUUGCCAGGCCUCGGGACUGCUGCCCCAGUGCGCCCCGCUCUGCUCCUACAACAUACGCCUCUCGGACAUUGAGCGCCUGGGUCCAGCAUGUCGAGCACAAAUGCCCAUACUGGCACGCUGCGCAGCUGGCGGACGUGAUCACAGUCUGUGCUGCAGUCGACGCGGCGUCAUUAACGCCUGCAUGCCCCUCUGUCGCGGCGUCAUGCCACUUGCACUGACCACCAAAUCGGCAACGGCAACUGCUGCAACAAAUAGCGCCAGUGCAGGAGCAGGAGCAGGAGCAGCAACAUCCUCAACAUCUGCAUCAUCAUCAUCAUCCGUAGCUGGGGCAUCCACGACGGGAGCGGGCGGUGUGCCCGAUUGUUUAUCAUAUGCCGGGAACAUUCUGCAAUGCUUUGAGGAAGGCACACAGAAUAUCCCCGGACCACCAGAAGAUGUGCAUGCGACAUUCGUGAACCAGACCAGUCUCAGUCUGGCCUGGACAGCGCCCGAUGUGGAGAGCAGCAACAGCAGCAGCAUCAGCAGCAGUGGUAGUAGCAACACAUCACCAGGUGACAUGAUAACCGGCGAUGAACUGGCAGCUGGAGCUGUGGCCGGAGAGGUGGCCGCACCAGCAGAUGCAACCAAGGAGCCGUCCAUCGGCAAUGCCACAAGCGAAGCGGACGAUAUUGAUUUUAUAGUGCAGUAUGGCAGAGUCAAUAACAUGACCAUGUACGAGACAGUUGCCAAAUUGGAAAAUGAAUUGACCACCAAUGAGACGAGUAUCGAUUUGACGGAUUUGGAAUCGAAUGCCUUGUACCGCAUUACGGUUGUGUCGCGCGGCAAAUUUGGCACGUCGCUGCCAGCCUCGAUGCUGCUGCUGAACACCACCAACAUGAGCCGUGAAGGUCAGGGGGAGGGCACCGCCUGGGGCUCACCCUCGCCACCACACUCGCUGACUGUGGUGGCGCACAGUGCCACUUGGAUGCAGCUGACCUGGCAGCCACCCGAGUAUGCCCAUCCCCAUGAGCGCAUCACCUACAGGGUCUAUCACAAGGCAAUGCGGGCCGAGCAAUUCAUUAAGAUAGAAACGAAGCUGGCCUGGCUUCGAAUGAACAACCUCAAGCCGAGCUCCCAGCAUGUGCUCUAUGUGGAGGCGGUGGGUGAGAGGGGUGUCUCCCUGCCCUCCGAGACGCUCGUUGCCUGGACAGAUCCCGCCUUGCCCGCCUUCGUCGAUCCACCCACUGUACACCCGGUCGACAACAUUCCCGAAGGCGGUUCCAUGACCAUCCUCUGUCUGGCCCUAGGCAAUCCGGCUCCAACGAUUUCGCUCUACGUGGGCGGCCAUCUGGUGCGCCAGGAUACUUCGCGGCACAUGGUGACAGUCAUCCACAACGUGUCCGCGGAUAUGGAGCACGUCUCCUGCUAUGCGGACAACGGAUAUGGGGUGCCCAUGCAGGCGACGCGGCGGGUUAAUAUCUGCUAUCCUCCCAAGAUCCAGGCAGCUGGCAUCACCGUGGCCUCUUUAGGCGACGAAAUCGAACUGCGGUGUACAGUGGACUCCAAGCCGGCGCCCAAGACCAUAUUUUGGCGCGAGAAGGAUGGUCGAGUGCCCGUCAUCAAUGGCGGCAACUAUUUCAUCUCGGUCAAGGCAAACGAAUCCCGGCCCUCGAUCUACACCAUGUCGCUGAGGAUCAACAAGCUGCAGGCCAACGAUGUGGGCGACUACUUCUGCCACGCUGAAAAUCCCUUCGGAGCCACCACCACCCCGGUCUCCGUGCGAAUUCGUAACACUCCCGCCCUCAAUCACAACGUGUCCGCAUGCUGCGCGGAGCAGAACGUGUCCCUGGCCUGUCGCAGCGCCUGCAGCUACUACGUGGACUUUGAUGCCAUUGCCGAUCAGCCCGAGUGUAUCGUGGACUUUGACAAGCUGAUGAGGUGUGCCGCCGACGGAUCGGACCAUCGCUCCUGCUGUGCGGAUGAGCACGUGCCGCGCAAGUGCCUCAACUGGUGUCGUGGGGAGUCGGUGCGCUCCAAGGAGAUUUGCAGCCUGCAGUAUGGCCGCACCAUAGUGGGUUGCUUCGAGAAGAACCGGGAUCGCCUGCCGGGACCCCCAGAGAAUAUUGUGGUCAGCGUGGUGUCCGACAGUGAGGUGGCUAUAAGAUGGGAUGCGCCAACAAAGAAUCCAAAUGCCGUUGACGGCUACAGAAUAUUUUACCACGAGGCCGCCGUCCUGCCGCCAACAUCACCCUCCGCAUCCGUCCCGGCCUCCUCGGAACCAACUUCUUCAAUGGAGCAGUCGGGCAUGGAUACCAUGGCCCCCAUGAAUAAUGCAACAAGUAUGAGUGGCAACGGCAACGACAGCGGCAACGGCAACGGCAACGGCAAUAGCGCUAUAGCAGCUCUCGAGAUACGACGCAUCGACGUAAAGGACACAACAAUAAGCAUUAAUGGCCUCAAGAAGGAUGUGCUCUACGAGCUGGUGGUGAAGGCUGGCAAUACAUACGGUGCCAGCGUACUCACAGAUCCGAUUAGAUUUACGCUCGGCGAGCAUCAUGUGACCUCGGCCACCAGCAGCUACUCGAGUGCCGUUGGCACCAUCAGCGGCAUUGUGGCCAGCAUUUUGGCCAUUCUCCUGGCCGCCGCGGCCAUUGUAUUCUAUCGUAGGCAGCGCUCCAGCCACGGCAAGUCGGCCAACGGCAAUGUGGCGUUCGAGAAUCCCACCUACACAAGGGGGCUCGAGCAGGUCCAGCUUCCCACUGUCACAUCGGCCAUCACGACGCAAAAUGGCAACCACCACCACAACGGUGGAGGAGGAGGAGGGGGGAUGAGCAGCAGUCACGGCAAUGGGCGCAAUGGCAUUGCCGCCACAAUGACGACAUCCACAACAACGACAGCGCCAACAGUGGCAGCGGCGGCAUCUGCAGCAUCCUCAGGUGCCGCAUCGACGGGCCACGGGCACGGGCACGGGGGCGGGGGCGGCGGCAGGCAGCACCGGAGUGUGGCGGAUGCGGCGCAUCACUUCCACAACCCGCUCAGCAAUACGCAGUGCAAUGAAGUAAAUCCCACAAUUUAUGAAGAGCUCAAACUUGGCCAAGAAGGUGCUGGAUUUAAGAAACUUGUGCCAUAAAUGAAGCACAAUAGCAAUAAAAACACAAACACAAACAACAACAACAACAACAACAGUACACAUAGAAAGAACAACAGCAGCAACAAAAACAAAGUAUAGCUAGCGAACUUAUACAUAUAGAUAGUAUAUACUAUAUGUACAUACGUAUAUGCAUAUAUAUUAUAUAUAUACAUAUACUAUAGUAUGUGUACGCUAAAUGUAGACAUAGGCCGUGUAAACAGCGCGAAGCGCAACCUCAAACAACUACACACGCACACAUAUACACCAACACCAACACAUACACACACACAAACACUGUGUACUGCGACAUCUUUACAGAAUGCAUUGCGAGAAAUCUUUGGGUAACAAUUUUUGUGCUUGCAAAAAUCUUUUGGGUAGCCUGUAAUGAGUAAUACAUUUUUAGUAUGUAACUGUGAUUCAACCAGUAAAAAGAAAAACAAAUGAACAAAAAACCAUGUAAUAUAAUUAACGAAUUGGUAAUGAAAGUAAGCGAAAAUGAAAACUGAUUGAGAGAAAAUA